GAGAGGGAAAUUUAAGAUGUUGCGUUUGUAGACAACCAAGAAGCCACGAACCGAUAAGGAGAAGGCAACACGUAUGCCUAGAAACGAAUUGAUGGAUUUGUUGUUUGCAGCAUUCGACAAGUUCCCAUAUUGGUCAUUUAAGGGUAUUGUGGAGCAUACAAACCAGCCUAACCAGUAUUUAAAAGAAGUAUUGGCUGAAAUCUGUAUUCUGAAUAAGAGAGGUCCUUAUGCUGGUAAUUAUCAGUUGAAGCCGGAAUAUAAGCAACGUCUAUCUGCUGCCGAAAGACAAAAUGCCAUCAGUAAAUUACCUGAGGAUGGUUCAUCCAGUGAAGAAGACGAAGAGGAUGUCAUGGAAGAAGUUCGAUUGUAACUCCGGGAUUAUUUAAUUUUUUUUUUUUAAAAACUAAAAGCUCUCCUUUUUUUUUUCUGUCUCUCUUAUACUAUUUCAUUCUUUUCUUUUUUAUAUACAUAACGCACUGUAAUGAAAAUACUAUCACUUCUGCUGGGCCAUUUUAAUCAAGCAGAGUUUCACGUAUAUCGUAUCGAAAGUACAGUGGUUCUCUUGUUUAAAUUGUCAGAUGUGUGUUCUAUUUUCAACUUGCCUUCACCCAUUGCACAAUUAGAGUCUCAAUCUGAACCUUUUUACCGAGAUAAAGACCAUGACAUUUAUUUGAAAUCUAGCACACUUUCUACUAUUGCCAUCAAACACAGCAAAUUUUUACUAGCUGAACUGUGCAAACUAAAGCCCAGUGACUAUGCUGCUAAUCUAGCGGAUUCCAUAUUAUCCAAUAUACCAGGUUUAGAACGUAACAAGAUUAAAAAGGACGAAACACAAUACGUCCCCACCGAUAUUGAACUCUCGGACUCUGCCGCAACCAUUCCCAUCGUCAAAUCAGAACCUGUUUCUCCACGCAUGAUGACCACUUCCGAUCCAAUGGCAAUCGAUACAAUGUUGACUCAUGGCGCUGGUAGCCAACAAACAAGACGACUCAGCAGAUCCAUUGAGGAACAACCGCCUGCCAAAAAGCAAAAGACGAAUAUAUUACCUAAACCUAUUCACACUGUUAGUUCACAACAAGCACCACCCACUUUAUUGGCCAAGCGAUUGAAACAGAACAUGGCCAAUGGUAAAAACACUCGAAACCUGACGAUUUAUGCACCUUCGUAUGGAGAACAAUUCACGAAUAACAAUGGUAUUCGAUCUGCACCCUUAAAUUCCAAUUUUCGUCAAGUACAAUCGAAAUCACAACCGCAUCCUCUAUCUCAGACUACUUUACGUAGUCCUGCCACUGGUAACAGUACAACGACCGAAUUUGCCAUUCCACCUAUUGUCCCUUCACAACAACAGCCUCCUCAUACGGCCCAUCCCAGUAGCAGCAACAGCAAUAUGCAUCAUCAUCAGCAGCAUCAGCAUCAUCACUUCCCACCGAAUUCUCCUCAAUACCCAUCCUCUGCCUAUGGUCAUAGUUUUCCUGUCACAAGCGGUCGAGUUACCAUGGAUUCUUUACCCACUACGGCAUCCGCUGCUCCUAUGCCUCCCAAAACCCCCACCACGAAUUCCCACGCAGGAUUACAAAGACAACAAUUUAUGCAACCCUUUGAACAUUUGUUUGAUACAAUUGAAACCACUCGCACAUUAAAAUCCACCCUGGAUGAUCAAAUUCGUAGAUCCUCCACCUUGAUGCAAACCCUUCAGGCUUCUUCUACUACCAUUGAAGGCCUCGUCAGGAACCAAAUCAAAGAAGCUCAAAAGGAGAUCUUGGCUCGUAUGGAUGAGAAUCUGGAAAAUUUAUUUAAUAGGAUAUCCGUGUUGGAAAGGAGAUCCAAUAUUGAAACACAAGUGGAUGCUACUGCUGUACAACAACAGCAGCAACAACAACAACAACAGCAGCAGCAGCAGCAACAACAACAACAGCAACAGCAGCAACAGCAGCAGCAACAACAACAGCAACAACAACAGCAACAACAACAGCAACAUCAUAAGUUAGUUAGUCCUCCUACCAUUGUAAAAUCUCAAAACGAUAUCGGUCCCAAUGAAUAUCAUGACAUGUUAAACACGCUAAGAGAACGACUUGAUAAACUUGAAAGACAACUGGAAUCUUAAAAUUACACAAUAAAUUUUUCUUUUUUUAAUUAACUAUCACUGUAUGCAAAUAUUUGACAUGGGACUUUUUUUUU